AUGGUAGAUUUGAUCCACACAUGGUUGUGGGGUGGUGCUCCACAGCAGCUAUCGGUCGCAUAUUUGAAGGCCUCGUCCCCAGAGAUUUUAUUGAAAGCUCCAGGGACGAUUUCACACCACUCUUCAGUGCAGUCCAAAGGCAUCAUGGACUUUCUCAGACGCAAAGACGCACCCAAGCUCCCGGGGUCCAAGAGACCAGCAAUUCUGGUGGGCGCCUUUGCCGCUAUCGGCGGUAUUCUUUUCGGGUAUGAUACAGCCUCCAUCUCUGGAGUCGUGGCCAUGGAUGCGUGGAUCAAGACCAUGGCAACACACACCGACGCAAACGGUGACCCUGUGGUGACAACCGGCGAGAUAUCACUUGUCGUCUCGAUCUUGUCAGCAGGCACAUUCCUGGGCGCAUUGCUAUCAGGGCCUCUGGGUGACAGACUUGGUCGUCGAUGGGGGCUGAUUGUGUCCUGCUUCGUGUUUUGUGUCGGAGCUGCGCUGCAAACUGCCGCCAGUGGUCUUCCCCUCUUUAUUGCCGGCCGUGUGGUGGCAGGUUUGGGUGUUGGCCUUGUGUCAGCUCUUGUGCCACUUUAUCAGUCAGAGUCGGCUCCGAAGCAGAUCCGCGGCACCAUAGUGGGAUGCUAUCAACUUUGCAUCAACAUUGGCUUGAUUCUUGCUGCCGUAGCCAACAACUCGACGGCUUAUCGCGAGGACAAAAGUGCGUAUCGUAUUCCGGUCGGUAUUCAGAUUAUUUUCGGAGUUGCCCUGGCUCUGGGCAUGGUAUUUUUGCCAGAAACACCAAGAUAUCUUAUCAAAAUUGGCAAGACCGACGAUGCACUUGCGUCUCUAGGCUUCCUUCACGGCUUGCCUAUCGACCACGCCAUCAUCAACCAAGAAUACCGAGAGAUCUUGGCCAAUCUUGAGUUGGAGCGUGCGAAAGGAGGAGCAUCCUACCUGACUUGCUGGAGGCCACCGUUCCUCAAACGUCAAAUCACUGGCUGUGUGUUGCAAGCACUCCAACAGCUAUCAGGCAUCAAUUUCAUCAUCUACUACGGCACUCGAUUCUUCCUUACCAGUGGCAUCAAAGACCCCUUUCUUAUUACGAUGAUCACAAACAUUGUGGCCUUUGUGUCAACUAUUCCAGGACUUUACCUUGUUGAAACCAUGGGUCGACGCAACCUUUUAUUGGCUGGAGCCGUGGGCAUGACUGUGUGCCAGGUGAUUGUCGGAGCCGUUGGUGUCUCUACAGAUUCCCAGGUCUCCAACAUAGUGUUGAUCGUCUUCGUCUGCUUCUAUCUAUUCUUCUUCGAAUUCUCCUGGGGACCUUGUGCUUGGAUUGUGACGGGAGAAAUCUUCCCAUUACACAUUCGUGCAAAGGCCUUGUCGAUGACAACGUCCAGUAACUGGCUGUUCAAUUUCAUCCUAGCCUUCGUCACACCUUAUAUGGUCGACUCCGGCCCCGGCAAUGCUGGUUUGGGCGUUAAGGUGUUCUUCGUAUGGACAGCUUUCUGCCUUAUUGCAGUCGUUUUCGUUUGGGCACUUAUUUAUGAGACGAAAGGUCUCAGCUUAGAACAGGUUGAUGAGCUCUACAACCUUGUCGAUAAGGCGUGGAAGUCACCUGCCUACAAGAGAAGAGGUUCUCUAGCUGUUGGGUCAGAAGCAACAUGGCAAGGAGAGACCAAGGAACACGGUGACGGGUAUCACCAGGAGAUUGAGGAGCCGAAACACUGA